UCAAGCUGAAGAAUUAGAGGCCACAACUCAACUAGAGCCCGAGUUGGGAAGUUGCCGAAUGGAUGCGUCAAGGAGUGAGCUCAAGGCCACGACGCAGAAGAUCGCACUGGCCGGGAAGGCUGGACGCUGGCAGGAGGUGCUUCGAUCAGUGGAGGGCCUCCCUCAUAGACAGCUGCGGGCCAAUGCGAUCACCUUCAACGCCGCCAUUGCAGCGCAGGGGCAGUGCCACCAGUGGCAGAUGGCCCUCGCCUUCUUGGAGGACAUGCAGUCGCGGGCUGUGGGCCAGGAGGUGGCGAGCUAUAGCGCCUGCAUCACUGCCUGCGGGCGUGCCUCGCAGCCGGGCAUCGCGGAGCUCCUCUUCGAGGAGCUGCGGGCGUUGGGCCCGGACCUCGUGGCCUUCUCGGCGCUCCUGGGCGCGGUGGCCUGGGCGCGGGCGCUGGCGCUGCUGGCGGAGAUCCCGGAGCACCGCCUGGUGCCAAAUGUCUUCACCUACACCGCAGUGAUGGGAGCCUUUGCGAGGGCAAAGCGCUGGCAAGACUGCCUGGGGCUGCUGUCCGAAAUGCGGUCGCUAGGGCUGGCGCCCAACGUGGUGUCCUUUGGCUCGGCCAUCAGCGCCUGCGAGAAGGCGUGGCGCGUCGCCCUGGCGCUGCUGGACGGCAUGGAGGAUCUCUCAGUUCAGCGCAACGUCGUCACCUUCAACGCGGCCAUCGCGGCGUGCGCCAGUGCCGGCGAGUGGCAGCAAGCCACGGCCGUUUUGGCCUCCAUGAAAGGCCAUCGAUGCAUUCCGAACAUCAUCUCCCACAGCUCGGCGGUGUCGGCCUGCGAGAAAUGCGGCGACUGGGUCAACGCCCUGCGGCACUUCGACCACUUGGCCUCGGCGAACCUCACGCCCAGCGUGGUCUUUUGCAACGCGGCCGUUUCCGCCUGCGGCAAGGCCCGGGAGUGGCAGCGGGCGCUGGGUCUGGCGAGCUCCAUGGGGUCGUUGAAGCUGGAGCAAGAUACCGUGACCUCUGGCGCGGUGAUCUCGGCCUUGGCAGAGGGGUCACAGUGGACUCAGAGCCUGGCCUGCCUGACGGCCAUGGGCGGCGGGAUGGACCCGGCCUGCUGGUGCGCGGCCAUGAGCGCUUGCGAGCGUGCCAGCCACUGGCAAGAGAGCCUUCUGCUGCUGGAGGAGAUGACGAGCCGCCGGAAGGGUGAUGAGGUGAGCUGCACUGUGGCCAUGAGCGCCUGCAAAGGGAACUGGCAGCUGGCGCUGCUCGUCUUCGCGGACGUUGUCGCGUCCAAGGUGGUGCCGAGCGCAGCAAACUUCGGGGCAGCCGUGGCGGUGUGCAGCGAGCAGGGGGCGUGGGCCAGCGCGCUGGCGAUGCUGGAGAACAUGCUGACUCUGCAGCUGACUCCGGACCCCUGGGUGGCAGGGAGCACGGCCAGCGCGCUGCGAGAGGCCUGCGGAGCCGAAGCCGCCUGGGCGCCUUUGGCCGCUGAUCCGGGCGCUGACGUUCUCAACAGCGUCCGCGGCGUGUGGAACGAGGACGGCGUUUGCCCCGAAGAUCAAGUUCCGGACGCUGAGGUGAUCCAACGGGGCGCCGGGGUGGUGGCGCUGUCCAAGGUGUCGGGGCUGCGGACGGAGGACCUGGCGAGGAAGUUCAGCGCUUUGGUGUCAGGAGGCUGCUGCCUGGUGUCGCGCUUGGAUUAUCCCACCAGCGGCGUGCUGCCGCUGCCUCUGGGCCCCGAGGGCUCCCUGCCAGCGCGCUGGCUUCAGUGCCAAUUCGCUGCGCGCCUGGUCCAGAAGGAGUACCUCUGCCUCUGCGAGGGCCGGCCCUUGGGGCCCGUGGGCACAGAGGGCGCCAUCGACUGCGCGCUGGAGACCCAGGAGCUUGAGGAGCUGGAGAGGCAGUUCAGCAGGACGGAGGUGUCGGAGCAGGGGAGGUAUGCUUGCACCAAGUAUGAGGUCCUCGCCAGAUAUCGCCCGCCAUCCCUCAUUUCCGGUUCCGGGGAGCUGAUGCUGAUGUUGGCUCGCCCGCUCACGGGGCGCACGCACCAGAUCAGGGUGCACUUUGCCAGCCUGGGAACGCCGCUGGUGGGUGACCUGACCUACGGCGUGCGGCAGCGCAGCUUGCUGCCCUGCCAACGGCUGUUUUUGCACUGUCGGCGGAUCGCCUUGCGCGAUCUGAUGGGCGAGGACUUUGUGGCAGAGUGCCCAUUACCCUUGGACCUGCGCGAAGUCCUCGACGGACUGCUGCUGGUGGGAAAUCUGACCGAAAGCGAAGAAGAGAUGCGCAAUGGGUGUUCCAAUUGAGCCAUCAAAACCCAGGUAGA